AGGGGUGGGGGCGAUGGGGGUGGGAGAAGCUGGGGCCAGGGCAGUGUCCCUGCACCCUGACUCAAGGCUGGGGGCCUGUCUCCUGGGGCAGUGUCCUGCCAGAUGUAUAGGAAAGAGCUCCUGUGGGCCUUCUGACCUCCAGCUCAGGUCUUCCCCAUCCUUUAUCUGGAAGAAUCCAGUGGCUGGAGUCUUGGGACCUUGCUUCUCAGCUGGCUUGACUGUGGAGAGGGGUCUUUGGCUUCCCCUCCCUGCUCUGGGCUUGCAGCCUCACCUCCUGGUCCAAGGCUGAGUGAGGUGGCGUCUUGACCCUGGUGAGAGUAAGAAGCCCCCCAGCCCAUAAUUUCCUGAAAUGCUCCUGGCUAGAGGAGACUCCCAUCUGUCUGCAUCAAACCUGGAAAGUGGGGGAUGGAGCAUGGGGUGGGGUCCACCAUGCCCAAGGGUCUGGCGGGAGCUGGACUGAGCUGGGAAUCCCAGAUGGGUUUCUGGGAUGAGGUGCACAGAAAUGUCCUUAGCAAGAAAGUGAGAGUGGAGUGCUGGAGGGACCCGAGUGGGUGAGAGUUGAUUGUUUAGUCCAGCCUCCCCAGCACUUUUGUUUUUGCUCCCUGACCCUGUGGGAAUUGACCCGGGGCAGGGACCAGAGAGCAGGCUGCCACUCGGAGGGGCUGACUCCGCCAGCCUUCAGUUGGGCAGGCCCCAGGGUGGCUCACUGUGGGAACCCUUGUGAAAUAGCCUGGAUGGGGUGGGGCAGGGGCUGCUUCCUGCAACCCAAAGCCACAGGAUGGUUACUCCAUCAGUGGAGGAGGCAGACUGGGAGGGCCAGAGGGGCCUCGGGCCAGGCUCCUCCCAGCUGAUGGCCUGCCACCUGGAAGGUGGGGGAACUCCCUGGUCAGUCCUGCCAACAGACCAGAGCUAGAUGGACGGCCCACCCUCAGCUUCUCAAAAGAGCGCCUGCUCGCUGUGCCCCCGGGUUAUGACGACCCCCAAUAAAGGAAACAAGGCCUUGAAGGUGAAGCGGGAGCCGGGUGAGAAUGGCACCAGCCUGACGGAUGAGGAGCUGGUGACCAUGUCGGUGCGGGAGCUGAACCAGCACCUGCGUGGCCUGUCCAAGGAGGAGAUCGUCCAGCUGAAGCAGCGCCGGCGCACGCUCAAGAACCGUGGCUACGCUGCCAGCUGCCGCGUGAAGCGGGUGACGCAGAAGGAGGAGCUGGAGAAGCAAAAGGCGGAGCUGCAGCAGGAGGUGGAGAAGCUGGCCUCGGAGAACGCCAGCAUGAAGCUGGAGCUCGACGCACUGCGCUCCAAGUACGAGGCGCUGCAGACCUUCGCCCGGACGGUGGCCCGCAGCCCCGUGGCACCAGCCCGGGGCCCCCUUGCCGCCGGCCUGGGGCCCCUCGUCCCAGGCAAGGUGGCCGCCACCAGCGUCAUCACAAUAGUAAAGUCCAAGACGGAUGCCCGAUCGUAGGGACGCGCGUCUGCCCAGGCGGGUCUUUGCGGGGCCACUAGGCACAUGGCUAAUUCGGCUGCCCUGUCCCUCUGUUUCCUUCUCUUCUCUUUCCUCCCUCUCUUCCCCGCCCUUCUCUCUUCCCUGCAAAGCACAACCUGUACCCCAGGGGCGCCGGGCUGAGCCCCUUUGAUCUCGUCAUUGUCGUCGUGUGUUUUGUAUGUUGGGAUUGGUCAGUUCGGCGGUGACGUGGGGUCGCCCCAACCCCUUUUGUACCAGGGCCAUGCAGUCUUGGAGUCCAGAGUUGGUGCUGUGGGAAUGGACUUGAGAGAGUUGCGGGAAAGAGAAGGAGAAGGCACGCUGGGCCUCACGUGUCCCCAAGCAGUGAGGGUUCCAGUGUGCCCUCCACUCCCGAGUGGCCACAGGCUUGUGGGCUGGAAAGGAUUCACUCUCUUUAGCCCCAGGAGGGCAGCUCAGCUUAGCCCAGCACAAAGAGAUGGGCUCUGCUCUGAGAGUAGGGCAGCCUUGAAGGCCCUGAUGGGUGGACCACCAGCCUGGGCACAGUGGUGCUGGGGGCGUGCAGUUGGGGCCAAGGGCUGUGCGCUCAGGCCUGACCCGUUGCACUGAACAAGACCAAAUCGCUGGCUGUGCACUUACGUGAGGGUGAGUCCAGUGUGCCCUGCGAUGGGUCCCGUGUCACUGUUUACAUGACCUAUUUGUGUGGUUAUAUAGCCCUUUAUUUAAAAGAGAGAAGUUCCUUUUACAAAGUUAUUAAAUUAAUUAUAUGUUUAAAAGUUAAAGAAAAAAGAGCUGCAGAGUAUUUAUAAAACUGUCUUUUAGAAAAAAAAAAAACAAGCAAGAAGACAAUUUGACCAUAUAAAUGGAAAAGGGAAGAAAGUAUAAUAGAAACUUUGCUAGUUAAAAAAAAAAAGAAAAAAAAAAAACAAAAAAAAAUCCCUUUCUUGUAAACUUACGGACAACUCUUUGUGGCUGUUGGAGUUUAGUUUUUAUAUACACAGAGUUAUCAGACAUUAUUUAUAAAACUUAGUUUAAAAAAAGACAAAAAAAAAAAAAAGCCAAGCCGUGAGCCGACCAGAAGGCCGUCCUCUUUGAUAUCUUUUGCAAUUGUACCGAAAGUGACUUACUCCUCUGCCCUUCCUGCUUCCGUCUCUUGCCGGUGCCGUGGUGUCGUCCGUGCCUGGUGAGGUUUUGUGCAGCGGUAAAGUGCUGGUGCUUCUGGUGACCUUUGACCUGUGGGUGUCACUUCUUGUGUCUGUUUUCCCGUGUUCGUUUUUUGGGUUUAGUUGUGCUUUUGCUUCUGCUGGCUUGCCGGACCUGGGCUGGGGUGCCAGGUGGCACCUGCUGCGUCAGAACUCAAGGAGUCUGUGCCCACCACCAGCUCCUGGUCCCUAGGAGGUGAGAUGUGGGGUUCUGUCACACUCCCCUCCGACUGAGCCUUGGCUACAUCUGUGUCUAGGGCUUGGGCUGAUCUGGUGGCCAGGUAGCUGAAACUGGGGGCCCCUUGGGGCCCCCCCACACUGCUCCACACCUACCACCUCUGGCCUUGGGUGGUGGUGUUGCAGGGACCAAGGAGUCACUGUGGGUGGCCGCAGGGCUGUGGCCAAGCAUUCUCUGGCCUCAGUUUUGUUCCUAUAGGCUUCAUGUGGGGCCUCAGCCAGGGAACCCCAGGGGCCCGCACCGUGGGCUGCAGGUUUCACCGCCUACUUGAUCCCUGAGGUGUUUCCGUGCUGCGGGUGGUGCUUCCAGGCAGAGUGGUUGGGGGCCCACCAGGGGCAACCCUUUCUUCCUUGUCCCUGCCUCACUCUGAGAGCCUUGGGAGUGUCCACCAGUGCAGACAAGGGCUACAGUCUCCAGGGCCGGUCUUGUCCCUCUUCUCCACUGGUCCACGCUGGCAGCUCUUGGCUUUGGGCCUGCCUUCUGCCUCCCUUUGCGAUCUGUGUCUUCCAGGGAUCAGCUGCUUGGCUUCUGCUGGAGGUGCCUCCCUCUGGGGGCCCAACCUGCCUCCUGCUCCCAGUUCCUCGCCAGAGGCUGCUGCCCUUCCCGGCUGGGCUCAGGAGGCUCCUUACAGGCAUAUGACGGGGACGGGUGCCCCACCCACCUCUAAGAGGCUGCUGCCCUUCCCGGCUGGGCUCAGGAGGCUCCUUACAGGCAUAUGACGGGGACGGGUGCCCCACCCACCUCUAAGAGGCUGCAGCCCUGUGGGUCUUGACCUUUCACCAGGGCUGCUGGUUUCUUCUCUGUGGGGCCCAGACUCCUGUAAAGCACACAAAUGGGGGCUGGUAAGAUGAAAAACUGGCCUGACAGGGCUUAACCCUGUGGGUGGUGGGAUUUUGAUCCAAGAGUUUGGCCUGGUGUGCCCAUGAGAUGGGAACAGGGAUGUACCAUCAACCCCUUGUCAUCUUAAUGAGCUUUUCUUUGCUCUAGGCAUUCAGAGACAAGUCCUGUUUCUCCCUGGGUCAGCCUGAAAAUGGAAAUUUUGGCUGUUGAUUCAUGUCAUUUAGUGACUUCAUCCCCCUCCCCUCAGUCUGAUCUUGUCUAAGUAGAAUCCAGGCGUUAGUUGGAAUCAUAAGUAUCCAUAAAGAAAACGUCAUGAUCUGCCUUGGAGCAGGGAUAAACAGGCCCUCCCUGUCCUUGUGCGGCCCCCACUUUUGUCCUGGCUGCAGGUAGCCCUCCAUUUUGAGCACCUCUGCCAGGCUGCAGACCUGGAGGCAAAGGGAGUGCGAAAGAGGAGGGUGUAAGGGUCAGCGCGUACUGAAUGGGAGGUGCAGGUGCUGAAUGGGAGGUGCAGGUCCUGGGUGCGUUGGCAGAAGAGGCUUCUGGAGUUGCGAGGCCAUACCUCCUUUCAAGAGCUUUGGAUUUGGAGCGACUUCCUUGGGUCUAGGGGAGUGUUCCUAUCCCCUGUCAGGCCAGCCCUGUGGAGCCACUCUGCCCCUCUUCCCCUUCCCCUGGAUUUCCUGACAUAGAUGCUGUGUUCAUGUGCAGAUGUGAAUGUGCUGUCCUUCUGAUCUCUGUUAAUCCCGCUUUCCUACUGAGAGGGUGGUGGUCUCUUCUCACCUCAGUUUUUCUGACACAGCGAAUCGAGGGCUUUGGCCAAGGCCAGGUCUCUCAAACUUGUCCGCCAAGUAAACCGUGAUAUAUGUCUUCCCUUCCACCUUGACUUUGCCCCAACUCCUCCUCUAUCCUAACAUGGACACUCGGCUUUCAGAGGAAUACCCAGCAGGGACAAGUCAGCUCCCACCGGGAGAGUGAGGCCCCGGCUGCUGCUCCGGGUGGUGCUGGUGUUGCUGGGGCUUUGGCUCUCGGUGCACGUUUCAGAUAUGCGUGCACACUUCUGACCGGUGGUCAGGGCCCGGCCCACGGCCCUGAGCGGCUGCAGCCUGCUUUGGGACGAUGGUCAGGUCCCAUGUUGUCCCUGCUGCCUCCCUCUGGAGUGGCCACUUGGCCAAAGCUCCCAUCCACAUCUGGAAAGUCUGAGCUGUGGCCUGCUGCACCGUUUCCGCUCUGGGAUCUUGUGAGUUACUUUUUUAGGCUGUGGUUUGGUGAAAGGAACCAACACAUUAACGAUUUUCCCCCCAGAAGCCACUGAAUAAUUCUUUUUGGUGUAUUUUUGCCUUCCUGUUGGCUGUCUGGCCUUGGAGCAGGUCGGGAGAGUGAAGUACAUAAUCAGUGCCGCACAGAGGCAGGGCAUGUCUGAGACUGAUGCCUGUCCUGCCUCUGGCCUGUGUCCUGGGUGUGUGCCGUACCUGCUGGGCCAGUCCCACACAUUUCCACCCUGCCCCUGGAGCAGCAGCUUUGAUACCAUGGGUGUCCCUUGAGUCUGAGCUAGAGUGUGUCCCCGAUAAACUGUGAGACCUCCCUGUUCUUGGUGACCCCAGUUGGGCUUUGACCCUCCAGCAAACCUUGGGUCCCAUCCCUGCCCUUCUUCCCACCCCUCAAUCUGCUAGUCCCUGAAGCCUUUAACCAAACGGGAGUGGGCACAGAAAGCCUUCUCCUGGCAACAGGACAAGGGCUGCCCGUGUGUCCAGCCCUGUUGCUCUCCUGGCACUGAGAGGUGGGUCCAAGCAGAAUUGAUCAGUCCCCCUGCCAGCCCUGCCUAGGUCUAGCCAGGGGAGGUUGUGUGUGGGGGGGGGAAGACCCCGGGAUGUGCUGGGGUGGGAUGGAGAUUAUUAAAGAUCUAAGUGAGGAGGGGCUGGGGUUUGGAUGCGGGGUGAGGCCCGAGCGCUCACACUUCGUGUAGGGCUGGCAGGGGCCUGACCUCGGGCAGGGCAGUGGCCUUGGUGCCCCACCCCUGCCCAGCGCAGUAUUUAUUGCUAAAUUAUUGUCCAGGAGGGGCAGCACUGGGCCUGGCCCCCCGGGUAUUUAUUGCUGUACAUAGUGUAUGUUUGUGAUAUAUAAGGUUUUCUUUAUUUUGUAUAUGAUCAAUAAACCUUUUAAAGAGA